UCCCAAGUCCCAAAUCAAAGUACCAAAAAACCAAAAUCCCUCUCUUCUCAUCACACCGUUAUAAAAAGCAGCAAACUUGAGGAAAAAUAGGAAGUGUACGUCGAAAACACAGGACCCUAUCCAAAUUUAUUUUUAUACAUUACUAUUUCUAUCCUUCUCAUAUAUUUUAUAUAAAUGAGAUAAAAGGGUGGAGCUUUAAGGCAGAAGAAAAAAGAAAGAUGGCUUUUGUUAGAGCUCAAAUGGGCAACAUGUUGCUCACUUUGUUGGUGGCAUUUUCAUGGCUUUGUUCUUCGGCUACUGCUUCCGUGGGUUAUGACCACAAAGCUAUAGUGAUUAAUGGGAAGAGAAGGAUUCUGAUUUCGGGCUCCAUUCAUUACCCGAGAAGCACUCCUGAGAUGUGGCCUGAUCUUAUACAGAAAGCCAAAGAUGGAGGUUUGGAUGUUAUUCAAACCUAUGUUUUCUGGAAUGGGCAUGAACCUACUCAAGGAAAAUUUCAUUUCGAGGAUAAUUAUGAUUUGGUCAAAUUCAUUAAGCUGGUGCAUCAAGCUGGCUUAUAUGUUCAUCUCCGAAUUGGUCCUUAUGUCUGUGCUGAAUGGAACUUUGGGGGAUUCCCUGUUUGGCUCAAAUAUGUACCCGGAAUCGCUUUUAGAACGGACAAUGGACCUUUCAAGGCGGCAAUGCAAAAAUUCACAACUAUGAUCGUCAAUUUGAUGAAAGGUGAAAGAUUGUUUGAAACACAAGGGGGUCCCAUUAUUCUUUCACAGAUUGAAAAUGAAUAUGGACCAAUGGAAUGGGAAAUUGGUGCUCCAGGCAAAGCUUACACCAAAUGGGCAGCUCAAAUGGCUGUUGGCCUUAGCACGGGUGUUCCAUGGGUUAUGUGCAAGCAAGACGAUGCCCCUGACCCUGUUAUCGAUGCCUGCAAUGGUUACUACUGUGAAAAUUACAAGCCAAACAAGGUCUAUAAACCCAAGCUAUGGACAGAAGCAUGGACUGGCUGGUACACAGAGUUUGGUGGGGCAGUUCCUCAUAGACCAGCCGAAGACAUGGCUUUUGGUGUUGCAAGGUUUAUUCAAAAUGGUGGUGCUUUCAUUAAUUACUAUAUGUAUCAUGGGGGAACAAAUUUUGGCCACACGGCUGGUGGUCCCUUCAUUGCAACUAGCUAUGAUUACGAUGCUCCUCUUGAUGAAUAUGGACUAAUAAGGGAACCAAAAUGGAGCCAUUUGAGGGACUUGCAUAAAGCCAUCAAGUCAUGUGAGCCAGCUCUAGUAGAAACUGAUCCUGCAGUGACAUCACUUGGAAAAAGUCAAGAGGCUCAUGUAUUCAGAGGAAAAACGGCUUGUGCUGCAUUCCUUGCAAAUUAUGAUACUAGAUCAACUGUAAGAGUGAGUUUCAACAAUUUGCCAUAUGACCUCCCAGCUUGGUCCAUUAGCGUUCUUCCUGACUGCAAAACUGUAGUUUACAACACUGCAAAGGUUAGUGCUCCAAGCUCACAGGUACAAAUGACGCCUGUGGUUAAAGGAUUCUCUUGGGCGUCAUUCAAUGAAGAAACUGCUUCUUCCAGUAGUACUGGUUCAUUUUCGUUGGACGGGUUACGGGAGCAAAUAAGCCUCACAUGGGAUAAAUCCGACUAUCUUUGGUAUACGACAGAUAUCACAAUAAGUUCAAAUGAAGGAUUUCUCAAGAAUGGGCAGCUUCCUGUUCUCACUAUCAAUUCAGCAGGCCAUGCCUUGCAUGUUUUCGCCAAUGGCCAGCUAGCAGGAAGUACCUACGGAGGAUUGGCAAAUCCAAAACUAACAUUCAGUCAAAAAAUAAAUCUGAGAGUUGGAAUCAACAAGCUUGCUUUACUAAGUGUCGCUGUGGGUCUACCGAAUGUUGGUCUGCAUUUCGAGACAUGGAAUGCUGGAGUCCUGGGUCCGGUAUCACUGAGGGGUCUCAACUCAGGAACAUGGGAUAUGUCAAAAUGGAAAUGGUCAUACAAGGUUGGUUUGACAGGGGAAUCAUUAAAUCUGCACACUGUUAGUGGGAGUUCAUCGGUUGAAUGGAGGCAAGGUGCAUUCUUGGCUAAAAAACAACCAAUGACAUGGUACAAGACAACCUUCAAUGCACCAGGAGGUCAUGCUCCAUUCGCUUUAGACAUGAAUACCAUGGGAAAGGGAGAAGUAUGGGUAAAUGGUCGAAGCAUUGGACGCCACUGGCCGGCUUACACAGCACACGGCAACUGUGGGACUUGUAAUUAUGCUGGAAUUUUUUAUGAAAAUAAAUGCCGGAGCAAUUGUGGGGAGCCGUCUCAAAGAUGGUACCAUGUUCCACGGUCAUGGCUGAACCCAACUGGGAACUUAUUAGUUGUGUUUGAAGAAUGGGGUGGUGACCCUAGUGGGAUUUCUUUGGUCCUAAGAACAAGAGGGGGCCAGUAAACAAUAAACAACAAUAAACGAAGCAUUUGGAGGACAUCAAUGUCCAACCAACGUAUAGCAACACUUUGUAAUUUACAAUAAUUAAAGAAAAAAAUAAAAUGAAGUUCCAGAUUGAUUCAUUAGCAGCUGCACAUUAGUAUUUUGCUAAGUGGUAAUAAUUGAAGCUCAGAAGAUUCCAGAUUGCCUUACCAGUCUGAUUCGACAUGGACUGAACACAACUUCAGAACCAGACAAUGAUCAAUCCUGCAAAUAGAAACUGUAGAUAGUGUGAAGAUGUUUGAGUUUGUACAGACAUUUUGUUGUAUGUCAAAAAAAAAAAGAAGAAAGCUUCAUACAUGUACAUACAUUACCAGUAAAGUUAAUUCUUUCUGAGUCUUCAACUUGCUGAGUCUCAAUGGCAGAAACAUUCCAGGAAAAAGCAAUUAACUGCUUUUUCUUUGCAGAAAUAAAUUGAAUAAAUAUAGUAAGUUUAGCUAUAAAGUUUACAUUGA